CCUCCUGCGGCGGGGGGAGCGCGCGGUGCAGGCGGGAGAGGGCGGCCAUGGCGGGGCCCAGCGACCCCGGCGUCCCCGCCGCCCGCUGGAAACGUCACAUCGUGCGGCAGCUUCGACAGCGAGACCGAACGCAAAAGGCCCUCUUCCUGGAGCUGGUGCCGGCCUAUAACCGUCUCAUAGAGAAAGCGGAGCUGCUGGCCCAGUUCUCAGAGAAGCUGCAGCCAGAGCCCACCCAUGUCACUCGGGCUCUCCUCCAGGGCCCCUGGGAGGAGGAGUCAGGGCCUGACUCAGACCGAGUCCCAUCACCAGCAGCUCUGAGGGUGAAGUGGCAAGAGGAGGAGGAGGGUCUCCGGUUGGUGUGUGGAGAGAUGGCCUACCAGGUGGUGGAAAAGAGCGCGGCCCUGGGCACCCUGGAAUCACAGCUGGAGGAGCGGCAAAGCAGGCUGGCAGCUCUGGAGGCCCGCGUGGCGCAGCUGCAGGAGGCGCGGGAGAAGGAGGCGGGACAGGUGGGUGCGCGGCGCGCGCUGAACGCGGCACAGCGGGCGGCCUACGAGGCGCUGCGCGUGCACGUCGGGCACCAGGAGGCGGCUCUGCGCAGGCUCGAGGAGGAGGCACGCGACCUGCUGGAUCGGCUGGUGCGGCGCAAGGCGCGCGCCGCAGCCGAGCGCAACCUGCGCAACGAGCGCCGCGAGAGGGCCAAGCAGGCGCGGGUGUCCCAGGAGCUGAAGAAGGCAGCCAAGCGGACAGUGAGCAUAAGCGAGAGCCCAGACACAUUAGGCGAUGGGAUCAGAGAGGAAGCAGACACUCUGGCUCUGGCAGCUGAGCCACUGGAGAGUGAGGCUGGUGAGAAAUGGAAGAGACCCUUCAGGUCUGCCUCCGCCACCUCCCUGACGUUGUCCCGCUGUGUGGAUGUGGUGAAGGGGCUUCUGGAUUUCAAGAAGAGGAGAGGCCACUCAAUUGGGGGAGCCCCUGAGCAGCGAUACCAGAGCAUCCCUGUGUGUGUGGCCGCCCGACUUCCCACCCGAGCUCAGGAUGUGCUGGAUGCCCACCUCUCCGAGGUCAAUGCUGUUCUUUUUGGCCCCAAUAGCAGCCUCCUGGCCACCGGAGGGGCUGACCGCCUCAUCCUCCUCUGGAAUGUCGUGGGAGGGCGCCUGGAGGCCAACCAGACCCUUGAAGGAGCUGGCGGCAGCAUCACCAGUGUGGACUUUGACCCCUCGGGCUCCCAGGUACUGGCAGCUACUUACAAUAAGGCCGCCCAGCUUUGGAAGGUUGGGGAGGCACAGUCCAAGGAGACACUAUCUGGACACACAGACAAGGUGACGGCUGCCAAAUUCAAGCUAACGAGGCAUCAGGCGGUGACCGGGAGCCGGGACCGGACAGUGAAGGAGUGGGACCUCGGCCGAGCCUACUGUUCCAGGACCAUCAAUGUCCUUUCCUACUGUAACGAUGUGGUGUGUGGGGACCAUGUCAUCAUUAGUGGUCACAAUGACCAGAAGAUCCGGUUCUGGGACAGCAGGGGACCCCGCUGCACCCAGGUCAUCCCUGUGCAGGGCCGGGUCACCUCCCUGAGCCUCAGCCACGACCAGCUGCAUCUGCUCAGCUGUUCCCGAGAUGACACGCUCAAGGUCAUCGACCUGCGUGUCAGCAAUAUCCGCCAGGUGUUCAGGGCUGAUGGCUUCAGGUGCGGUUCUGACUGGACCAAAGCUGUGUUCAGCCCAGACAGAAGCUACGCACUGGCAGGUUCCUGGGAUGGAGCCCUUUACGUCUGGGAUGUAGACACUGGGAAACUGGAGAGUAGCCUUCGGGGACCCCAUUGCGCUGCCGUCAAUGCCGUGGCCUGGUGCUACUCUGGGAGCCACGUGGUGAGCGUGGACCAGGCCAGGAAGGUUGUGCUCUGGCACUAGUGCCACGACUCUCCUGCCUGAGCUGGAGCUCUAGUCCAAAGCCUGAAGCCAGAGGACAGCUUCCCACUGCCCCAGAGGCUCCAGGGCCAGUAGGGGUGCAGGGAUGGGGGUGGCAUUUAGUGGGUAAGAAGGCCUGGCAGGACCUGGCCUGUUUGUUUGUUUAAAAACAAAGUGUGGGUUGGGGGGGAUUACUGUAUUGUUUUGUUUUUUAUCUCUGUUUCCUCACUUUCUCUGGGAAAAGUGGAAAAAAAUGACAUUUAAA